AUGAAUAAAGAACGGAUUGAAAGAAGUUUGUCCGACGAGCUGCUUAGAAAUAGCCUGUUUCAACUUCUGUUUAAAGAGGAUGAAAAGAUAAAAGGAACAAAGCUUGCUAAUUCUAAACCGACUACAUUCAUUAAAAUUGUAAAUACAUCAGAUAAAAUGCAGUCAGGAAAGAAGACCAGUACCCCAAAUCCCAUUUCAGAACUAGUAAUGAGGGCAUUUGCGAGAGAAAGAGAUGACAUUUGUCUAAUUACGGAAGACCAAAAGAAAACCACGAAGAAAAUAGAAAACCACCAACAAAUGUCUUACAGAGGUUCUGGUACAAACGGACGAGUAAGUGAAGAUAAUGAAAUGUUCUCUGAAGUCGUUGAUACUUUUAAGAGAAACAAAAAAGUCAAUGAAACAGUUGAUGAAUCGAAAGAACGUGAAAUGCUUGGAACAUUUGCCAAACAUUUAACAAGUUCAGGAAGACUUAUAAGGCGCAGAAAACAAGCUCCAUUUGCUACAACAACUGUGAACAGACCAAACUUUGUUGUGCAAGUCGCCACAGUUAUAAAAAACAUCUGCAACAACAAUGUUUGUCCGAUUGGAAUGAGCACAUCGACAGUUGGUACUGGAUCAACUGAAGCCACAAGUCUGACAGUUGACACAGGAUCUACGGAAGUAACAAGUCAGUCAGUGCCUUCCAAAGAAACAGGAGGAACUUCCGAAACAGAAGAGACUACAGGUACCACAGGAGAGACAGGAAGCACGGGAACAGCAGACCAAACUAACGGGACAGAAGGCACACAAGGAACGACACAAUUUGUAUUGACCUCGACAUUUGGAACAACAAGUGUACGCAUUCCAACUGUUACUAUGACUCUUCCCAAAGCUGAAUAUUUGAUGGACAAAGCGAUAGAAAGAGAAACUAUGCAAACAAUAGGAGGAACAAAAGAACCCAGUACUUUUAAGAUUGAUAUCGACAGAUACACCAUUUCUGGUAUUUCCUUUGGUGCAGGUGAAAGCAGCAUUAGUACAACUAAGAAAAGAACAAAGACAAGUAGGAAGGAUGACGAUGAAUACAAUGAAGAUCAAUCUGCAUUUCUAGAUGCAAGCGGCUCUCCUUUAGAUGAAAUGGAAUACGAAGAGGAUUCAUCUUUAGUUGUAGAUCCAGAAACAUCUCACUUUCUUAGAAAAAGUUCAAGAGUUUUGCAGUUUAGAAAAGGCGACGAAGAUGACGAUGAAGAUGGGAGCGACAGCGCUGAGAGUGUAUAUGACGAUGAAGAAGAAAGCGACGAAGUUACAUACCGUAAGAUGAUGAAAGCUUCUGACGAAGAUCUUUCAGAUGGAGAGGCAGUCGACAAAGAAUCGUCAGUUAUUGAAAAAUCAAAAAAAUCUCUUUCAGAUAAAGUGACAGCUGCCGAGGAUUCGUCGAUAAUUGAAGAUAAAGGCAAAGCUCGUUCAGAUGAAGUGGCAUCUGACGAGAAUUCACCUCUGAUUUUAGAUCCUGGGAUUGCUAAGGCAAUCAGAGUGCAGGAGGGAAUAGAUUUACGUUACAGAAAACCUGAAGUCGGUGAUUCAACCUUAAAACUUGUUCCUUAUAGACCUAGAAGACCAUCUAUAGAGCACUUAAGCAAAAGGAACAUAUUAUUGGUGUGGUCCGCACCCAGUAGUGAAAUGGGCCCUCCUCCUGACUCUUUCAUUGUUGAACAGAAAAAGGAAGGAGCGGUAUAUGAAGUUAUAGGAAAUCCUUCUGAAAAAUCAUUAAAAGUAACCAAUCUCGAGCCAGGGGACAUUUAUUUCUUCAGAAUCAAAUCAAAGAACAGGAACGGAACCUCAACACCCUUGAUUGUAAAAUAUUUCAUGGAUGAUGAAAUCGAAGAAUUGGCGGGUGAAGAAGGUGCGAGUGAUGAAGAACCAGCUGCCUAUAUCGUUGGAGAAAAAGAAGACUUAGAUGUGAAAGUUGUUGACGAAAAAGUAAAAGGUAGUAAGCGCAGGAGUCGUUAAAGUUUCUGGUGGUUUAAAAGGAGUGGAAUAGAAACUUACGAAAUUAAAAGUACCUGUUUUAAUUUCAUUGAAGAACUGGAAUUCCCAUGCGAUACAGAUCCUUGGAGCACAGCUGAAGCGAAAAUUGGAUUUUGAAAAAUUUGUUUUGUUGGACAUGUAUUGAUUAUAGAUAUGUGUAC